AUGCCGAAGUCCAAUUUGAGGCAACUGGAGAAAGAGGAGAAUCAGUUGAACGCAGCUUUGGCGAAUGUGAAAGAUUUUGUGGAUAAUUUUGAUGCAGUUCGUGACAGUGAUAUGGUUGAAUUACGUUUAGUGAAACUAGAUGAAAUUUUUGAUCGGUUCUGUAUCAUUAGGGUGAACAUUGAUGUGCUUCUAGACGAAACCAGCGAAGAGUUUGAAAGUGCAGCUGAUGACGAUGGUGUUGAUAGCGCGAAGAAUGCUCCCGUCGGCGGUGACAGUGUGCAAACAUACAAGAAUUUUGAAAAUUCGUAUUUUCGUUUGAAGUCAGCGUUGCUUGCUAAACGCCCUAGAACGAAAUAUCCGGAGCUGAAGCUUCCAUCGUUUUGCGGAAAGCUGCAAGAUUGGAUCACUUUCCGCGAUAAUUUCAAAUCGUUGAUUCACGACAACGGUGAUUUGAGUCCAAUCGACAAGUUUAAUUACUUGCGAGCAUCUUUGAGAGAUGAAGCAUUACUUCAGAUCAACCAAGUUCAGGUGAGUGCUGCCACCUACAACAUUGCGUGGAAUAUUCUCGAGGCGAAAUAUGAGAAUCAUAAGCUGAUAGCACACGAACAUCUGAAGGCGCUGUUUUCUGUUCCAGUGAUGAAGUCGGAGUCGUUUGAUGCCCUGAAUACCGUCCUGAUGACGUUCAAGGUCAAUCUUCAGCAGUUGGAAAAGUUGGGAGAAAACACUGAGAACUGGAAUUCUAGCAUUCAUGUUGUCGCGGAAGCUAUAUCCAACAGCCUUCGCCAAUGGGAAAUUCAUCACAGUUCGAAGAAUAUUCCUCACACGCAGAACCAAACGUCGAGCAUCCCAAACAGGCCUCAAGUCGCGAACUCAAACGCUCAAUCUCAGUCUCGUCAACAGUCAGUACAGCAUUCGCAAUCGCAUAUAUCCCGGAUGAAUAAUACUCAAAUAUCUCCACAAACACCCGUCCAAACCACCACUCCACCACAUACACGACAGCCACCUCCCACAAAAACACCAACUAUUUCUCACCACACUGCUACCUCACACAAUGCUCGUAGCCAGCGAAGCACCACACUUUUGUCAACCGCUCUCGUGAAACUCGCCGAUCGCUUCGGAAAUACGGUCAUCGCUCGUGCAUUGCUGGAUAACGGUUCUCAAAUAUGCAUGAUAACAGAGAACCUGUCUCAAAGGUUGAAUUUCAAGCGUUCACACGAGAACUUGCCUGUGAAAGGUGUUGGUGAUUCUAUGACAGUGUCGAAACAAUCGGUGUUAGCGAGGAUCCUGUCACGUUAUUCUUCAUUCGAAACCAAGGAUGUGAAAUUUUAUGUGUUGCCUCGAAUUACUGUGAAUCUGCCGCAGACAACUAUUGACAUCAGUUCCUGGAAGCUGCCAUCAGACAUCUGCCUAGCUGAUCCAAGGUUCCACGAAUCCAGUGCGAUAGAUGCAGUCCUUGGCGUAUCAGUUUUCUACGAGUUGCUGCUGAGUGAGCAGUUGAAACUAUCGGAUUCUGGUCCGAUUUUACGAAACACCGAACUGGGUUGGAUAGUUGCUGGAGAAAUAACUGAUAGUCCAGUCACCACGUUCAGCGCUGUUACAGCCUCAGUCACCACAGAAGAGAUACACGAGCAGUUAGCACGUUUUUGGGACUUGGAGUCAUGCCGAACGAAGAGCUGUCUUUCCGUCGAAGAAUCUACGUGUGAAUCGAUUUUCGAGCAGACGACAACGAGAGACGCUGAUGGAAAAUUUCGAGUGGUGCUACCGAAGAAGCAGUUCAUGAUGGAACAUUUGGGAAGGUCGAAGGAGAUAACAACCAAACGGUUCAUGGGCUUGGAGCGCCGUCUAACUGCAAAUCCAGAAAUGAAGGCUCUCUAUACUGAAUUCAUCCACGAGUAUUUACUGAUGGGCCAUAUGCGAGAAGUACGUAAGGAGGAGGAAGAACCUAUCCACAGCUAUUAUUUGCCACACCAUGCAGUCAUGAAACCGGACAGUACGACAACGAAGCUCAGAGUUGUUUUUGACGCCUCAUGUGCUACAGAUUCUGGAGUUUCCCUGAACGACACACUGAUGUCGCUGACGUAG